AUGGAUUCGAUCUCAUCGUCUUCUUCGAAUUCCGUUGUCAUUGCAAUGGUUUUAGCUUCGAUCUUCGCACUUGUUCAUUCGAUAACGUUGAGAUCGGACACCGAAGCUCUUCAAGCGCUGAGGCGUUCUAUUGAUCCCAACAUGAUUCCACCGUCGUCGUAUAUCAGCUCGUGGGAUUUCUCGGUGGAUCCAGUGAUAGUACCGGCGCGAAAUUCCUGGGGAUUUUGGAACCUCACUGAGUUGACCUCGCUUGAUCUCAGUAGGAACCAAUUUAGAGGGCCGUUGCCGGAUACGUUAAAGAAUCUCAAGAAACUAACUACGCUUUCUCUUUCAGGGAAUUUCUUCACAGGUGGUAUUGCUGGAUGGAUCAAUGGAUUGAAGAACGUUGAAUCAAUAGACUUAUCGGAAAACCUCCUUUCCGGUCCGAUACCAAUGAGGAUUUCCGAGUUCCAUUACUCGAUCGAUUCUCUCAUUGCCGUCCUUGAAUCAACUCAAUGUUUCCUUCAAUCAACUCACUUCGAUCGAAGUGAACACUCAUCUUGGAAGCGGUUCGCCGCUUCAGGUGCUGAACGCACAAGGAACCGGUUGCAGGGUCAUCUGCCAGUGAGCCUGGUGAACUUUGAGAACUUGCAAGUGAUCAACUUGGGCUACAAUGGAUUGACAGGUCGAAUCCCAUUGGCAUACGGGCAGCGGUUGGGGAGGCCAUGGAGAAGCUUGUUCCUAGACGAUAACUUCUUAUCGGGUCGGAUACCGCGGCAGUUCAAUAGCAUGGCAACAGGAUCAGUGGAAAUCUUGCUAAUAAUUGCCUGA